GCGGAAUCAACGGCAACGCAUCCGCUGCGCCCGAACCGGACUAAAUAUGGCGAGCGCCGAGAGCAAAAGCAGGGCUUCGGAAAACUUUCAUACACCCGAAGCAAGUGGAUCGGAUCAGCCGGGCGCAAGAUGGGGUCCACAGCACGCGGGUGCUCGAGAGCUCGCGGAAUUAUACUCGCCAGGAAAAAGAUGUCAAGAAUUGAGCAGUGUGAUUCUUUGCUUUACCCUCAUGGCCUUCAACUUCUGUUACCUGGUAACAUAUUUCCACCUGGGACAUUCCUGGUACAUCCUCCUCAGCAUUGUGGCAGGAAUUUUGACUGCAGAUUUUGCCUCUGGUCUGGUCCACUGGGGUGCUGACACAUGGGGGUCGGUGGAUCUGCCAAUCUUUGGGAAGGCCUUCAUUCGCCCUUUUCGAGAGCACCACAUCGAUCCAACAGCUAUAACACGGCAUGAUUUCAUUGAGACAAAUGGUGAUAACUGUAUGUUAACCAUCAUCCCUCUGGCUAAUAUGGCUGCAAACUUCUUGAUGCUCUCACCAGCGGAGAUCUAUCGGAACUACCCCUGGUACUGUUACAUCUUUGCUCUAGCCAUUUUUGUUACAUUGACCAAUCAGAUCCAUAAAUGGUCACACACAUAUUUUGGGCUCCCACGCUGGGUGACGUUUCUUCAGGACUGUCACAUAAUAUUACCAAGGAAACACCACAGAGUUCACCACGUUUCACCUCAUGAGACCUACUUCUGCAUUACAACAGGCUGGUUGAACUAUCCUCUAGAGAAAUUGGGAUUCUGGAGGAACCUAGAAGAUCUGAUCCAGAGUGUGACAGGAGAGAAACCCAGAUCAGAUGACCUCAGAUGGGCCCAGAAAACCAAGUAAUCUUCCGUUGCCAUUGACCCACUUCCCCUACCUCAGAGCUGAUUAAAGGAGAACAAGCUUGUCUUUUCUUCAUCUAUUUGUCCUCCCUCAGACAGAACAAGAGGAAUGGCAGGAUAUCAAAGCCCAACUUAGAAAGCCAUCAGUUGUUAGAAACAGGGGGUUGACAAAGCGAUUGAAAGCAAUAUUUCACCCUGCUCACUCUAAUCAUCACCCUUUCCGUGUGCAAAAAUUCCAAAUCCAUGUUGAAAACUUGAGACUACUGUUAAUCGUUUAAAACUUCUUAAAGAGCAAAAAACGAAAAUUCGAAAGGUCAAUACUUGAACAAAGUUGCUCUUUUCUGGACAUCAUCUCAUCAUUCAACUGCUAUCAAAGCUUUGCUGGUCUCUGAGGGACUGGUCUUUGCUGUCUUUGGUUUGGCCUUUGGGACUGAUCUUUCUUGCCCUCACCCUCUUCUUAUUUGGGGUUAAAGUGCAGUAAACUAAAGGCAUUUUUGCUCUUUGCCACAGAGGGCUGAAAACCUGUGUCUUCAUCUGUUGCUUGUGUCUGAAUGGACAGAGCAGCAUCAUUUGCAGUCUUACUUCAGUACGCCUUAAAAGAUAAAUCACAGUUAAAAAGCUUGCUUAGCUUGGCCUCAUUACACUCAUACAAAUAUUUUCGUUGUUAAUAAUUUUCUUUUCAAGCACAUUUGCAAUUUUAGAGGUGCUGUAAGCAGUCAGCCCUUGACCUAGAGGUAUGCAUUGUUAGAAGUAUUUUCAGGUAGAUCAAUAUUUAGGUCAUUAGUGUUUUGGUGUGAAUAAGCCAUGAGAGCCAUGUUAAUGUUCUUGCUGCUUGACAUUGGCAUAUAAAUGAUGAAAGCCAAUGAUAUGCCAAAAAGGCCUCUGCUUUCUCAUAUGUAUACAUUUAAAAAAAUGUUGUAUUAACUUCACCUUCGGCAAGGCUGAUGUGAGCAUGACUAGCUGAGUGAUACUAAUUAAAACUCCAUUACUUAGGUUUUAGGUUUGCAUAUAUUGUUACAUAAUAAAUACCCUGUGCAGUUAACUUUAGGCGAGACGUUUAAUGGUAGCAUUUUAAAAGCAUAAUUCACCAAAAAAUUUUCCAGUCUAUCAUCAUUUACUCACCCUUAUGUUGUUCCAAACCUGUAUGGUUUUCUUUCCUCCUUGAAACACAAAAGGAGAUGUUAAGCAGAAUGUUAGCCCCAGUCACCAUUUACUUUGGGUAUUGAAAAAUUGUGCAAUGAAAGUGAAUGGGGACUGAUGCUAACAUUCUGCCUUAAAGGGAUGGUUCACCCUAAAUUUCAAUUUCUCUCAUUCUUUACUCACCAUCAUGCCAUCCCAGAUGUGUAUGAUCUUUUUUUCCCUGCAUAACACAAAUUUAAAGAAUGUCUCAGCUCUGUAGGUCCAUAGAAUGCAUGUGAAUGGUGGCUAGAAACUUGAAGGUCCAAAAAGCAUAUAAUAGCAUCAUAAAAGUAAUCAAUAGGACUCCAGUGGUUAACUCCUACAUCUUCAGAAGUGAUAUGAUGUGGGUGACAAACAGAUCGAUAUUUAAGUCCUUUUUUUUUUUACUAUAAAUUCUCCUCCCUGCCUAGUAGGUGGUGAUAUGCAUGAAUGUGAAUAGCCAAAAACAAAAGAAAAAUAAUGUGAAAGUGAAAGUAGAGAUUUAUAGGAAAAAAGAACUUAAAUAUUGAUCUGUUUCUCACCCACACCUAUCAUAUCGCUUCUGAAGAUAUAUAUUUAACCACUUGAGACAUAUCUAUUAUUUUUUUUAUGUGGCUUUUAUGUGCAUUUUGGAGCACCAAAAUCUGUUCACCAUUCACUUGCGUUGUAAGGACCAACAGCUGAAAAUCUUAGUUUGUGUUCAGCAGAAGAAAGUAAGUCAUACAUAUCUGGGAUGGCAGUAUGGUGAGUAAAUGAUGAGAGCAUUUUCAUUUUUGGGUUAACGUCUACUUUUGUGUUCCCAAUAAGAAUGAAAGCCAUAUAUGCUUGGAACAACAAAAUAGUGAGUAAAUGAUCACAUCAUUUUCAUUUUUGGGUGCAUUCAAGUCACAGCUCCUAGUUCUUAUUUUAUAAUAGUUUGAAAUGUUAGAGUCAGGUAUAGUAGCAUGAUAGAAAAGACAGAUUUUACACCUAAUAACUGCUUAUAAUUAGUUUUAUUUAAUGAUGCACAUUUUCCAUUAUAAAGCUGCAAUGACAAUGGACUAGCAAAAGACUACUAUACUAGUCAUAUUUUUCAAUUAUUAGAAAAAAUUUAGUCGUUCACCUAUGGGAAACAAACAUAUUUGCUUUAAGUGUGUGUCGCUAUUCAAGCAAUGUAGAUUAGCUUGUAUAUUCAUCUUGUAACACACCUCUUCUUAAAAAGAGUGAGGAGGAAAUGAGUUAUGCUCUGCACUUUGAAAACAUAGUUGUGCCAUUUUGGUUUUUAUUUUUUUUUCCCUAACAGAAUGUUAUAUAAUUAAAUGUUACACCCUGUUUACGUCACAUUAUUUGAUCAGUAAAAUAUUUCACCUUCACCCCUCCAAACUGUAAAAACAAUAACCUAAACAAGAUAGGCUCUCUGCUUAUGUGCAUUGUCAUGCCAAACAUGGUAAACCUUGUUACUGUUUGCAGCAAUGUGGUAAUUUGUUUCAGUAGGUCAAGGAUGGGUCAGUAUGGUGACAGUGAAUGUUUAGAUAAGUCAGUUCUACAGAAGGUUUGAUAAAUUGUUUUAGAGAGCACAUUCUUUUGUCCAAGUUGUAUAACUGUUACAAUGGAGUCAGCCAGAACUGUUUAAAAGGAACAUGAAGACAUGUGAAGUGUUUUGGGCUGAUUCAUAAUGUGCCAUGUGCUGUGUUAUGUUUUCUUUCCCUUCUUUUCUAAAUUCAGGAAGAUUUCAUCAGUGGGAUAAUGUAGUAUUUUUGACAGUUGACUAAUAGCUUAUAUAUUUCUAUGAUGAUAUGAGAUGCCAAAAUUAUUUUUGCUCUGCUUAUAAAAGAUCUGUUGUGGUAUGAAUACACACCAGUGGAAAUGUUCCCUGUUCAGAGAACUAGAGCUUAAACCAAUUAAUUUGAUUAUGCAGAAUGUUACAUUUUUGUCAUAGGGUUGAAUUUUCUCCCAUUUUAUUCUUAUUGUUGCGUUUGAUUUGUAUUAUGACAUCAUUAUUUUCUCCAACAUUCUACACUUGUGAGUGUGAAGAAUCAUAUUUCAUAUCGUUACAUAAAUGUGAUAAAUGGGUUUGGAUACACUGAAAAUGAAGAACUUCACCAGCUUUGGCACAUCUCUUAGCUUUUCUAAUCAUUUCAAAUGUUGGAAGGGGUGGAACAACCUUUGUGAUUGUGGUGAAGAGUGAAGACCUCUGUUUGGUCAAGCCUUGUGUACUUCAGUUCUGUUUAUGGUCAUGAAUGGCUCUAGCAUAUCAAUAUUCUAGAUUUUGCUUGAGAAAUGUAACUGGAUCUGUGUGCAAUGUGUAAGGGAGAUUGAUAGUGUGGUAGUAGUGUGACUAUUAUUGAAUAUGCAAGUUUAGAGUGUUAAAGAGAUUUCUCUGACUCUUUCCAUGCACAGUACAGGCUACUACACAGCAGCAUAGAACUGGCCUUGUGGUUAUGAAGAUAUUGAACUAAUCACAUUGUACUUUUUCAAAAAUGUUGUAUUUUCCUUCAGUAACAAACUAAGCCAAUCCCUGGGGACUUUGAGAGAAUUUGCUGCAGCUGUUAUUGGGUCAUUUGAUCUUUGGCAUUUACUGAAUGUUUGUCCUUAUAGAUUUAUUGGGACAAGCUUUUUCAGUUGAUUUUGCAAUUUGCCUCAAAGUCUCACAUUCUGUAAACUCUUAUGUUUUUAUAGGGUGGCUACUUGUUGAAAAAUGAAAAUAACGCCUUAAUGCCUUUUUGUUAUCUCUGAAUUUGGAAACUUUUAUGUCAUUAAGUUCAUAUUUAUAAUAAAAAUUAAUAAAGAACUCACAAGA